CAACAGUGAUGCAGUAAUAUAAAAAAAAUACCACAAUUUUUGUCAGAGGACAUCCAGCAGGUUCGUUAAGCCAAAUAUAGCUGUUAUCAGUGUGCCAGAGAGCACUGAGCAUAUCAUCAACACAUGUGAAGUGUAACUGAAUGUGUCAGCAGAUGACAGAUGAAGCCACAAAACCACCAGCUGCAAGAAGGUCAUUGACAAAAAGGGUUAUUUCUCAGAGUGACCUCAGCUCACCCACUCACUGCUUCAUCUUAACCCUGGUUAUCAAAUCCGCUCAGAGCCAUCAUGACGGAAGUAAAAAAUAAAAAGAAGAAAAAAUAGAUGAGGAUAAGGAGGUUGAGUGCCUGGUGAAGUGAAGAGCAUCACAAACUCUCAGAGAGGAUGGACAAGAGAAACAUAGCAAUGCUGCUUUUUCUGCUCUGUGUCAUUGCAGAUAUGCUAGCUGAAGGCCACACUCAGGAUGUGUGUGAUACCUGCCACCCUAAUGCAAUAUGUGAUGACAAGACAGACGGCUCUGGAAAAGUUUGUAACUGCAAGUACGGGUUUGUUGGAAAUGGGAGAACUUUUUGUCAAGAUAAAAAUGAAUGUCAGAUAGGAGCCAGUAAGAUCUGUGGGCAGCACACCAAUUGCCACAACACAUAUGGCAGCUACUACUGUACCUGCCUGGAUGGCUACAGCCCUUCUAACAACAUGAGCAGCUUCAUCCCAAAUGAUGGAACACACUGCCAGGACACUGACGAGUGUAGGAUCACAGGCCUUUGUGGAGAAGGAGGUCAAUGCAGGAAUCUUGACGGCAGUUUUGAAUGCAGCUGCCAGCUGGGAUACAAAGUCCACAAUGGAGUGGAUCCCUUCCAUCCUCACAGAGACAAAGCUUCCUGCAAAGUGGUUGACUGUGGCCAGCCUGCCUCAGUAGAGGACACGGUGCUGCUGUCAGUCUCAGGGACCACAUACAGCAGUGUGGCCAUGUUUGGCUGUGAUGAAGGCUUUGUGUGGAGGAGCGGAGACAACAGCUCUGUGUGUGGAGCUGAUGGACUGUGGACAGGACUCACCAUGGUGUGUGAAGAGGUUGACUGUGGCUCUCCCCCUGCCCUCCCUCAUUCUCAUAUGCUGUGGAAUAAGAGCUCAAAGAUGGGCACCGAGGUGCUUUAUCAGUGUAACACUGGAUAUCAUAAUGUUGGAAAGGGCAACAUAUCCAUCUGUACUGCUGCUGGACAGUGGGAGAGACUGUCCAUGCUCUGCCAAGAAACAUUGUGUGGAAGUCCUCCUAUAAUUGUAUCCACUGAGCAGGUGUGGAACAGAAAUUCAAGCCCUGGCAGCACCGUGCUCUAUUAUUGUAAAGAGGGCUUUUAUAACACAGGAGGACAUAAUGUAUCGAUCUGUAAUGAAAACGGUCAGUGGACCGUCCCAACUCUGUUGUGUGAAGAGAUAUUAUGUGGAGAUCCUCCUAUACUGCCUUACACAGGACAAGUGUGGAAUGGCAGCUCCACCCCUGGAAGCACAGUGUCUUACUACUGUAAAAUAGGAUUUUAUCAUGAUGAAGGAAAAAACAUAUCAUUGUGUACGAUGAACGGUUUCUGGACAAAACCAAACAUCUCAUGCAAAGAGGUUGACUGUGGUGUGCCCCCACCCAUCCCUCAUUCAGUCAUGCAGUGGGAUAAUAUUGCCACUGUGGGCUCGCAGGUUGUUUAUCAGUGUAACUUUGGAUAUCACAAUGUUGGAGAUGGAAAUGUAUCCGUUUGUACUAGCAGUGGAGAAUGGGAACCAGCAUCUCUGCUCUGUCAAGAAAUCAAUUGUCAGGAACCUGCUUUAAAGGCUCAUGCUAAAAUGCUAUGGGACGGCACAUCACAUAUUGGCAGCAUGGUAUAUUACCAGUGUGAGGAAACAUAUUACACAAGAAACCUGAGAAACUACACUAUAUGUGGAGAGAAUGGACUGUGGGAGGACAUUGAUCUAUGGUGUGAAGAAAUAAGCUGUGGUCCCCCACUAAACCUCCCUCAUACUAACCUCCUGUGGGAUCGCACUAGUAGACCAGGCAGCGUGGUGCUGUAUGAGUGUGUGGAUGGAUUUUACCAGGAGAGUGGAAAUAAUAUUUCCACAUGUUUACUGUCAGGAGAGUGGGAAAGAGUGUCUGUUAAGUGCAAAGCUAAAUGUGGCCCAGUCCCCUUCAUUGCCAACUCAGUAGUGGUGUGGCAUAACAGAAGCAUUGUGAUCCACCGCUGUCUGGAUGGAUAUCACAGCUGGAGGGGCAGCAAUGUGUCUGUGUGUGGCAGCUCUGGGCUGUGGCAGAAAGCUACACUGAGAUGCAUAGCUAAAUGUGGCCCAGUCCCCUUCAUUGCCAACUCAGUAGUGGUGUGGCAUAACAGAAGCAUUGUGAUCCACCGCUGUCUGGAUGGAUAUCACAGCUGGAGGGGCAGCAAUGUGUCUGUGUGUGACAGCUCUGGGCUGUGGCAGGAAGCUACACUGAGAUGCAUAGAAAUAAAGCCACCCAUCAGUCACCUAUUUGUCCUCAAUGAAAAAUGUCUGCGUUGGAAAGCAGAGAAGUAUGAGGACGAUACUGAAGUUUACAGGGUGACAUACAUCGGAUCCAGAGACUUCCAGAGGUCCUUUCAUGAUAAAAGAAAGCGCUUUCUGAGCUCCAAGGCUCAACAGCUGGAACUCUGUCUGAAUCUGCUUCCAGUCACAAACUACAGCAUCUCAAUCACUGCAGUCUCUACCAGAUUCACAGCCACCAUCACCACCAACACCAGUUUACCAGUGCCUCCAGCGCCAGUUGUCUACUACAGAGAAUUUGAGACUCCUGUGCCAACGUUGGGGCUACACAGAUCACCAAACCCAUUGGACCCAAUAAGUUUGUACCAAGUGUUUGUACUUCCUGUAGAGGGGAUUAUGAUGUUUGACUGUUCGUCUCCAGCGAGUUCAAACCCCACAAGCAAACUGUCCCUAACAGAGUACAUCACUGCCCAGAUUGACGUCACACAUGUCGGGACAGAGAUGAACUUUACUGUAGGGGAUGCACUCUACUAUGGAGGCUUCUUUAAUGCUCCACUGGAGAAUGGCAGGAACUAUUAUAUCAUCUUACGAGCUGUCAAUCAGUGGAAAAUGGUUUUAAAAAGUUCCUGUGUCCUAUGGGCUAAAGUAAGAGGUACAUCCUAUGUUCUGAGGGUUUCAUCUCUGUCCGCUCUUGCAUUUAUAGGACUGGUUGCUUUGAUCAUUUUGGUUGGAUACAGUUUCAUCUGGAUUUUCAAGAAGACAUGACUCUCCUAAGUGCUGAUGUUCUGGAACUGUAUUUGUCAGUGUGGUUAAUUAAAUUAGUCUUCUAGUCCUGUACAAUAUUGUAAAUAAUUAGAAUAAAACCCUUUUUUCAGACACUA